AUGGUUUACGUGAGCCAGAAGGCUGUAAAAGGGAGUGCAAUAGCAGAUUUUCUAGCCAGUAGAGUUUUAGAAGAUUACGAGCCUUUAACUUUUGAUUUUCCCAAUGAAGAUCUAAUGUAUGUGGCAGCCACUCAAGAAGACACUCUAGAAGAUCAUCCUUGGAAACUAAAUUUUGACGGAGUGUCAAACGCUGUUGAGUACGAAGCAUGUAUCAUGGGCAUUCGUGCGGCCGUAGAGCGCAAAAUUAAGGUGUUAGAGGUGUAUGGGGAUUCUGCACUAGUAAUCUAUCAGCUCAAGGGUGAAUGGGAAACAAGAGACUCAAAGUUGAUCAAUUACCGAGAGCUGGUUCUGGACUUAAUCAAGGUGUUUGAUGAUAUCACUUUCCAUUAUCUCCCGUGUGAUGAGAAUCAGAUGGCUAAUGCCCUUGCUGCGUUAGCUUCCAUGAUUAGAACAAAUAAACAAGAGGAUAUGAAGCCAAUUUAG